AUGCUCCAUGAGGACGAGCUGGGCGUCCGCCCCGCUUUCGGUGGUGUACUGCACGGAAUGCUGGUGUCGAAUUGCAAAUUACCACAAGAACUGACAGACGAUCACGCUCCUCCUGGCCCAGGUUUUGUAUUAUCUCUUGGUUCUGACACGUCCAUGCACGACAUCAAAAAUGGCAUACCAAAAAAGAUGCGUAGGAAUCCAGCAGCUGAAGGUCUUCGAAGCCGUACACUGCCUUCACCUGAACAGGUUCAGUGCCGAAAGAUUACCGUUAUCGUACCUUCGACAAAGGUAUCUCAACCGGAGCUUCGUCGCUUUCCACUCGCAACGUCUGAGAAGCGUUUGAGGCGCAAAACAAACAGGCAACACACCUGCAACUUGCAGUCAAGCUUGUAA